GUUCACCACGAGCUGACGGACAAUCUGUAUCUUCUGUCAGCCUAGCAGCAAAGGCGGGAGCAAGCAGGCAGUUGGCAAGACGCGUGGACUGAUGUCUCACCAGAAGAAAGGGAAAGUGAUGGAGGCUUCAGGCUCUUCUUCCCAGUCUCAAGACAGCAGUGGAAUCCACAGGGAAACAGAAAAUCUGGACUACCAAGAGACAGAGUUCCACAAGCAGGAUGAAAAGGCCCACGAACGAUCUGAGAGAGACAAGUCUUCCUCUUCCUCAUCAUCAUCCUCCUCUUCCUCCUCCUCAUCUUCCUCUUCCUCCUCCUCCUCCUCAGACAGCAGCGAUGAGGACCAGCACUCCAGAGGUCCCAGGGAACAUCGAAGGAAGGCCCACAGGGACGGCUCUCCUGGUGCUGACCAUGGGGACCUGGAGGUGCUGAAGGAUGAGCUCCAGCUCUAUGGAGGUGCUGCUGGGGAAAUGGUGCUUGCUGGGGAGUCAGGACUCCGAAGGAGAGGUUCCGGCUCAACGGGGGGAGAAGUGGAGGCCUCUCAGUUAACAAGGCUGAACAUAAAGAAGGAUGAUGAGUUUUUCCAUUUCGUCCUCCUCUGCUUUGCCAUUGGAGCCUUGCUGGUGUGCUAUCACUACUACGCAGACUGGUUCAUGUCCCUCGGGGUCGGUCUGCUCACCUUCGCCUCCCUGGAGACCAUCGGCAUCUACUUCGGGCUGGUGUACCGGAUCCACAGGGUGCUUCAGGGCUUCAUUCCCCUCCUGCAGAAGUUCAGACUGCCAGGGUUCAGGAGAACUGAUUGA